AUGAACACGAAUCUAGAUGUUGCUAACAGAGUUAACGCAGACAUUGUCACUAAAACUGAAACAGUGACCAUAGGCGAGCUAUUUUCUUAUAUGAAGCAGGAAGAUGCGAAGGUUGCUUGGUUUAAGUGCAUAGCAACUAUUGGAGAUGUUGUGCACGGUUCGUCAUGGUAUUACAUAGGCUGUGGUGUGUGCCACACUAAGGCAACCAAAGGACCUACCAGCCUAAUGUGCAAGAAGUGUGGGAAAACCAGUAUUGUUGGUGUUGCACAGUACCUGACGAAGAUCUCCGUGUAUGAUAAUGAUGAUCAAGCAUCUUUUGUGCUUCUUGGUGAUGCUGGACAUGAGUUAUCUGGAAAGAAAGCUUCUGAAUUGGUUGAUGAUUAUUUCGAGACUCGCAAAUUCGUUGUGAAAGUGUCGAAACACAAUUUGACUGGCCAGACUCAAUCUUUGACUGUGACAAAGGUGCUGACUCUAGAAGUCCCGGAAGUUGAGGCCAAUUUGGAAGGAAACGUGGCUGUACCAGACACACGUGAAACUUUGGAUAAGGAAGAUGCUGAUGACGAUCCUUCCACAUGCUUUGGGAGUGUGAAGAGGGCUGCUGAUAAGGUUGAGGCAGAGGAUCCCAAGCGAGCAAGGAGUAGCUAG